AGAAGCGCUUUCAACAAGAAUCCAUUACCAGUUACUAGAGACGUCCUCUUUCCACCCGUGCGUUCAGAACUUUAUUCCUAAGAGCUCAAUAACUACAUCUAUUGAAGAGAACUAUAUUUUUGUCCGUGAUCCUGUGAAGCACAGCUCGUUGUAAACAAUUGUAUUGCAUCAAAAACAUCAUGUUCGACUUCCUCUUCGUUCCGUGCUGUCCCACGCAGAGUGAUCUCCUGUGCACCAAACCUAUUCCGCCACUGAGCUCCCCGGAUUUAAUUAUCCUCCGCAAGAACGUCGCCACGACCCCAGAGUUGUCAAGCGGAUUCAUUACAUCUGCAGGAGCCAAUGUGUAAUGCGCAUAGCCAACAUGAUCCCAUGAGCGCCAUCAUUGUUCCUGGCCAAGUUCCUUGGCAUUUCUGAAGGUUGCUUACAGGAUCAGCUGAUGGCUUUGUGAUGCUAUAACGUGCACUAAACGAGAAGAAGUAAACUCGUCAAGAUUAAGUCCCAACUUCUGGGUUUUUCUUACCCCGUAGGCCUCAUCUUGACAAUCGGGCGGGGACGUCUUUUUUGCACAGGAUAUUGAUGCACUCAAUCCUGAUAUUUUUUUGCGAACAUCUACGCACGACCGUACAGAUGUGCCCCCGUCCCGGACGCGCGCAGGCGCGGAUCAAAGUCGGUAUAAGAAGAUAAAAUUUGCUACUUGUUUCUUCUCGGCGCAUGUAAGAACUAACCACUCAGCUUAAGUUAUUUGCAAGCUUUUUUAUUUCAGUGGAAGAAUAUUUUUUCAGUAUCCACUAUACCUAAAACUCAGUGUUUUCCCACCAGCUCUGGCUCGUGCAGGAGGUCAUGACUCGCGUUCCGGAGGACAAGUAUCAGGAAUCGUGUGCAGUUUGGGUCGAGGUAGAAUAUUUUUUCUUGUUUCUAACAUGAUCUUCACCCUAAUCGUACUAGCCACUGUGUGGUUUAUUUCUGAAUCGAGCUAUAUGGAAAAGCUAUACUGAUGUUAUCCUCACAGAAGCAAGUCAAAUGAUACUCGGAAAGACAAACCAUAUCACAGUUCAUCGGGGAAUUGUUUUGCUGGCUCAUGAAGAAGGACCCGGCCCGAGCAAGGUUGCUGUAUCAGACCAGAACAAAGCAGGCAGCUCAGAUUUGUAAUGCAAAAAUAAAUACGCAGAAACGAGGUCGCCCGUGACAGAUUUUUCUGCGUAUUUGUUUCUGCAUUACAAAUCUGGCCUGCCUGCUUUUUUCUGUGGGAUAAGCCCGAGGCCGUGCUGAAGACCAUGGACCGUCUAGUGCCGCAAGCAGCCCAGGGCCUUGGCCGUACUACUUUUGCGUUCAUAUUUGUUUGUCUUGCGCUCUGUGUUCGCAUGCCAUUUCUUUACUUCUCCCACUUUUCGUGCUUUAAUGUGUAUCUGGCCCCGCCACACUCUCACACGUUUUGGCACAGGUCAGGAGGAAUUCCGUCUAGCGCACGGCGAGAAGAACUGGAGGAAUGCGGAACUCGUUACCCACUGCGAAUAUCUACGUGUCUGGAAAGUUGUGACGCAUGUCAAUGAAUGAUGAACCAAGCAUGACAGAUUUCUUUGCGGCUGCUCCUCUGUGUUCUUGCAUAUUACGCAUGACAAACAGCGUGCUUGCAUCACAGAGACAAAACCCUCUUCGUGGGAACGCCAUACAAAGCUCUGACUCAUGCCAGACUACCAUGACAAAUCUCGCGAUCUUCCAGGCCCAGACAUAAUAUUUGCAGUGAAUAUUGAUGCUCUUCCACCAGUGGCUGCAGACGGGUCGCGACGCGUUUGUCGACGCAAGGAUGAACUGGACUUUCCGUGACUGAGCUUUUACAAGUAGAACUUGCAAGGAAAUGAAACAAAAAAAGAUGACAGUUUUUAGUGUUGGUUCCCCUUCCAAAAAUUUCCAUAUGUUCGUCGUGUCCUUAUUUUCCAGUUCUUUGCUACCUACUUACAAACUAGAGUUUUUUAUCUGAACAUCUGAAGAUGAUGAUGAUAUUACCCAAAGUAAAGGGUAGUUACAAAGAGAUGCGGGAUGUUACACUGGUGACCUAGGUACAAAGAGAUUGACUCAAGAAGUUACUCUACAAAACCUCCAGAACUUCCGUUUCAGAGCUUCUACCGAACCUGUUUUACCUGAUAGCCCUUGUUUACUUCCCUGUUUUUACAAUAGCUUCAACCUACCGCUGGUUUUUCGUUAAUGCGAGUCAUCACGCUUUUGUCAGAAAAUACUUUACUUUCGAUCAGAAUUUGUUCACAGUGUCCACAACUCGACACUUCCCACCUUCGCAGACCUGCUGAGCUUGGAACUUUUUUUGAUGUUGGAAAGUGAAGGAACAUGCUGACCCGCCAGCUAAGUCGCCCCCCGUGGUUAC